AUAAAUAAUGAAGUCAUUUCUGCUUUCGUUUUGAUAAGGGGAGCACUAACAUGGCAGGAUAAUGAGUUUGGGAGAGAAGGUGCAGAAGUUCUUAAGGCGGACUUCUUUGGGUGGAAAUCUUGGACUUCGUUUUCUGUGGCUUACUAUACACUUUUUCAUUAGUAUAUGGUACUUCAUGUUGGGAACAGUUCAUGCCCUUGAGAGUGUUCUUAUAUCAAGCGGCAUUUUAAAAAGUUACAAAGCCUUAAACGUCAGCAAAAUCCGACACUUGGCGAUUGUCAUUGACAGUGAAGAAGCCCGGGAAACUUCAAAAAUCCUUGAACUUUUAGGGUUUCUUGCAAAUAUUGGUGUGAAAAGCAUCUCCCUCUAUGAUAGUGAAGGAGUGCUUAAAGAGGCCAAGGAAGCCAUCAAGCAUGAACUGAACCGGACAAAAUUCUCUCAGGGAAAUUCUUUGCCCAUUCCACUUCUACAAAAAUAUAUGAAUCUAGAAUUCCUCUCAUUAGUUGAUGGAAAAGAAGCGUUGGUCAAAGCAGCUAAUUACCUCUUUGUCAAGCAUUAUUCUGGCACAAAACUGGGGAAGCACACUUUUACUGAGUCAGACAUGAGUGAUGCAUUGAGAGCUAUUGGUUGUGGGGGACCAGAUCCCGAUCUCUUACUAGUUUAUGCUCCUGCAAGAUGCCACCUGGGUUUCCCACCAUGGCGACUACGGUACACAGAGAUUGUACACAUGGGACCAUUGAAGUCCAUGAAGUUCGGAUCCCUCGUGAAGGCGAUUUAUAAGUUCACCAUGAUUCACCAGAAUUACGGCAAAUGAAACAUUACAAGAUGGAUCCGACCCCAAGCAUUCCCUUUCUGUAUUAAUACUGAGUAUUCACAGGAUGAUGGACCAUAGUUUAUUUAAAAAAAAUCCCUAUGGGGUUUCAUUAAUUUUUUUUAUUUUGUAUGGAAAUCCUAGAAUAGAAUUUUUGCAUCAUGAGAAUGACUACAUAUACUCCCUAUUUUAGUAUUUUUUAUAAUAUUCCUAAAUAAAAAAGACUUGUUUUA